CUGGCCGGCGCGAGUACGCGCGCGCACACUUGUGCGCAGGUUCGAAUCUCCGCCGCUUCGCGGUAGCUCCCCAACGUCCGGCAGUACUUCGAGUGCAGGGAGGGCAGCGCGCGCGGUGGCGCCGGGCCCAGCCGCCCCGCCCCCUCCGCCCGCCCCACCUGCCCGGCGCCCCCUCGCCCUGGGCUGGUCCUCGCCGCCCUCGCGCGCCCCGCCCUCGCCCUCCGCCCGCAGAGUUAUCCGCGCUCGGCCUCCCGCGCCCGGCGGGCUCCGCCCGAGGCUCCGGGGCCCAUGGCCAAGCGGCGUGCGGCCGAGCCGCUGACGUUCCACGUGCCUUGGAAGCGGCUCCUGCUCUGCGACUUUCCCGAGGAGCCGCCGCCGCCCCCGCCGCCGCUCUGGAUCCCGCCGCCGGGGGCCUCCCAUCCCGGGCAGCCCGUCGGCGUCCCGGAGCUGCCCCGAAAGCGCAAAAUCGACGCGGGGGCUAUGACUGAGCCUUCAGCUUCGCCCAGCAAGCGUCGCGACGGCCGGGACAGCGGCGUUCCGGGCGGCGGGCAGCGUGAGGGCCGAGGCCUGGAGACGGGCGAGCCGCCGCUGCAGCAGCCUCCGGUGCGGCCCCGCGGGCCAGGGGAGGAGCCCCGGGGCGCCCGGCCCCCGAGGGGCGGUGGCGACGACGGGGCGGGGCGCACAGAGCCCCGGCCGGGAGACUGGGGUGCAGCACCGCGCCAGCUCAAUGAAGAAUUUUGGCAGUAUAACUCCUUCCAAUAUUGGAGGAAUCCUUUACCACCUAUUGAUCUGGCAGACAUCGAAGAUGUAGUUGAAGAUAACCUGCCAGAAGCAACGCUUCCAGGCAAGAAUGAAGUGGUUGAGAUUGACAUGGAGUCCUGACAGAAGGAGUUGAAGAACAGGUUUUUCUGAAUUUGAGGAGACAUCUCUUAAACGAAUUCACAUAUUCUUAAGGAGAAACGUUAUUUUCCAUACUUGAUGUGAUACCAUUCCCAAACCCAAGAAAUGAGGAAAGUUGUUUGAAAAAUAAAUACCUACAGUCACUACUGAAACUCCCAAGGGGGUUUGUUAAGGAUAUAGUACAGUUACAGGGGAAGUAUUUUAUAUAUGUACUCUUAAAGAAAAAUUUAUGUUUAGACUUGAAAUUUGAACAUACUGAUCUUAUAAAAAGGAAUUCUGAUAGUUUUCAAAGUAGGUGGAGAACACAUACUUCCUCUUCUCUGUACCAAAAAGUUAAUUUGUGGUACAUGAAGUGAAUAUUGUUUUAUAAUAACCCUUAUUAAUAAAAUGCUUUCUAGUACAUUGUAUUGCCUCUUCUUAGUUGAACAGAUAGCCAACUUAAACAUCUAUGCAAACUUAAAAUGUGGGGGAUUCUUAAAGGUGGCAUAGUUUUAAAAGAACUUUCUAAAUGUAAAGUAGCGAAAAUUUCCAUUUGGGUAGCAUGUUUGCAUAGCUUCCAGUGUUUGAUACUUGUUUAACUCUACUUUGGGGAAUCAUUAAUGGUUAAAGAACAAUGAGGAGCAAAUAGGUGUUGCCCCCCUGCUCUUUUCCUAGGUAAGAAGAAAGAAAUUUAGUUGUAUUUUUAAAUUUCUUGAUUUUGAAUUGUUUUGAGGGCAUGGUUUCUAUUGCUUAUUACUUUAGACUUGUUCUCAACACAGAAAACACUUCAGAAAUCCUUGCCUGAGCCCCACUGGAGAGAUUCCCAUUUAAUUGAGAUGGGCCUUAGGUAUAGCUAUUUUUUAAAACACCAGUCCUCCUUUUCCCCAAUCCUAAUGCGUGGACAACUUUGAGAACCACUAGACUAAUGGUAGUUUUUCCUGUUUAAAGGAGAUAACUCAUUUGAGAUGAAGCAACUCCUCUUCAUUAGCUUUGUUUUUAUUUUGUUCUUUCAGUGACUUUGUUACAAGUAAGUUAUUGUGUUACUGUUAAAAAAAUAAAGUAAGCAGUUUGUGUUUGAGUUGAAUAUCAAUGAUUAAGUUAAUUAACUUUUGUACUACGUCUAGAGUGUUGGAUUUGUAAUUGAGUAACUUGUCCCUGUAUACUUUUUGUUGUUAAUGACAGUAGAUCCAAAAUUGAGAAAGGGUAAUAAAUGCCAGUGAGGGGGGGGGGGGAAACAAUGUUGUGUAUAUACCUGUAGGAUUUAAGUAUGGGUUGACAUUAAUGAGAAUAUUAGAACAGAAGACUUGUACUGUGGUUAAGAAUUAAGGCUUUGGUGUCAGACAUGAUUCAAAGGUUUGUACUGCCACUUUCUACCUAUGUAACAUUAAGCAAGUUAUUUUUCAUCUUUGAGCCCCAGGUUCCUUAACUGUAAUAUGAAAAACAAUAAAUAGUAUCUACCUCACAGAGGCUAUGUUGAUUGUCAAGCAGUGUACCAAGUACUCUUUACCUGCAUCUUGUUUAAUUCUCAUAAUAACCUUAUUGUAGGUUAAAAAAAUAGUAUAAACGUACUUUUUGUAGUUAUACUUACACUUUAAGUUGCCACUAGAAAUUUCAGGAUAAGAACUGGAAUUGAAAUACCAAGGAUGGCAAGCAAGUGGGGGAAGCAGUUAAAUUGCUGUAGAAGGAAAAAACGGUCAACCUUCUUCCCCCUUGUGUUUGACCUGAGGGUAGGAGAGGGUCCAUUUUUGUUCAGUGCUCUUCCUACUGACUAGAACAGUGCCUGUCACAUAGUAGAUAGUCAAUAAAAACUGCAUGAGCAAAUUAAUGAGUGUUCUUCUCUAUUGAUGGGAAGGUAACGGCAACCGUUUUCUCAGAACAUAUCACAAAGCUAGGCAUUUUACCAAAGAUGUGCAUACAAAAGAUGUCACAGAGAUGAAAUAAUAAAACAUUGGAAAUAGUACAACACUGGAAACAAUAAUGUAAAAACUAAGACCUAUCUACCUAUCGACCUAUUGAACUAUAGGAGGUGGUCAUUUAAUGAGAAAUUUCCUAGGAUGCUACAUUGCAGGUGAGUGAAUAGGAGACUCAAAGAGUAGCUCAGAUGGGUUCCUGGCUGGCUCAGUUGGUAGAGCUAUGCAACUCUUGAUCUCAGGGCUGUGAGUUCAAGCCCCACCAUCAGUAUUAAAGCUUACUUGAAAAAACAAAUCAAAACGCAAUGUUUUGAGCAUUAUAUGUCAAAUAGCAUACAAAACUGUAAGGUAAAGAUUCAGGGAAAAUAUUUGCUAUCAAUAUGUUGAAGGCUGAACAUUUUUAUAUAGAUGUGUACAUAGUUUAAUGUAAACAUUUAAAUGAGUUUAAUAUGUAGAAUAUGAAUAUGUAAAGAUGUAUACAUACGUGUGUGUGUGUGUGUGUGUGUGUAUACAGAGAUAGGGAUUUGAUAUAAUUCUAUCCUUUUAGAAAAAAUUGUUAGUAAGUAAACCUCAAGAUAAUUCAGUAAAAUUAUUUGGUGGAUAAAUUAAGAUGGAAGCUUAAAAGAAUUUUUUUUGAGUUGUAUACACUUCACCCAGAUUCCCUAAUAUAUCUUAUUCCAUUAGCACAGUACAAUUAUGGAAAUGAGAAAAUUAAUGUUCAUAUAUUUCUAUAAUGAGGACAUGGAAAGAGUGACUUCAGGCAAGUCUUAAGGGAUAUGUCAAAAAAUGUACAAAUACUAGACUUUUCAAAUUUUACCACCAUCUCACUAACACCCUUUUUCUGGCCCAAGAUUCAAUCCAGGGUCACAAUUUAUUUUUUACCUGUAGUAUCUCUUCAAUCUCCUUUAAAUCAGUUCCUCAGAAUUUAUUUGCCUUUCAUGACCUUAGUACUUUUUGCAGAGUACUGAUCAGUUAUUUCAUAGGGUAGCCCUGGAUUUUGGUUUGUCUGAUGUUUCUCAGAAUUACGCAUUUUUGGUGAGAACUCUGUAGAAGCAAUGUAUCCUCAAUGCAUUCACCCCAGAAGGCACUGGAUAUCAACCUGUCUUGUCACUGGUGACUAUAAAUUAAUUACUUGGUUAACUUGAUGUUGGCCAGGUUUCUCUGUUAUAAAGUUAGUAUUUUCUCCUACGUAAUAAUUAUCCUCUAGAAGACACUUUGAGACUAUGUAAAUAUCCCAUUUCUCAUCAUAUUCUGAAUGAAUUUUAGGAUAUGUUGAUGAUUCUUACAUGAAAUAUUUAUUGCUCUGGCAUAUGUCAAAUGGUAACUUGGUAUUUCCAUUAUCCGUCCUACAUCUAUUAACUGGAAUUCUGUAAAGCAUCACUUUUCCUUUCACCCCCAUUUUUUAUUUAGUGAUUUAUAGCAGUAUAGAUUAGCAGGCAUAUAUUUUAUUAUAUGAAUUAUAACAUGUUGCCGUCAUUAUUUUGUUGUACAAAUUAUCGCAACAGAUCUAGCCAUAUGGGAGGCCCUCUGAAUUGAUUCUUGUGCCCUUCUUCUUUUUCUAACAUUUAUUGUGAAUACUGGUUAACAUUGGCAAUGCACUUUUGCAUUUACAAGAUUAAUGGAUGAAAAUUGUGCCACCUGUGCAAUGCUGUGAUUUUCACUGAACAGUUUGAACCUUGGCAUCCUCUUCAGAGAAUGGGG